AUGCCCUACCAAAAUCAGACAAGGGAAAGGAAAAGAGCAUACCGGUCCGGCCAAAGUCGGGCAACAACCCAAGAUGAGAGACCGGUCAACAACCCAAGGCUCUUCAAAGACCCCCCUAAGGCGAAGAUUGGCAAGCCCCCAGAUAAAGGGACAAGUCUCCAUAGGAAGAUUGAUUUCGUCUCCAACCAAGAGGUGGGAGGAAGUAAGCCAGAAAUUGCUUGUCACUCCAGUAAAACUGUUGAAAGUCGUGAUACUGGUGUGGAGGUGACGACCAUGGCCGUUGAUCACCAUUGA